UUCAUGAGUUCGCCCAGCCUCAGUGACCUGGGCAAGAGAGAGCCGGCCGCCGCCGACGAGCGGGGCACGCAGCAGCGCCGGGCCUGCGCCAACGCCACCUGGAACAGGAAAUGAGGGACUGAUCAGAAUCCCCCGCUGUCAGCGGCUGGGAUCUAAAACAGUCCAGCCAGGAAGUCACUGUCCAGGGACAUCCGUGUUCCUAUCUCAGCUGGGGCAGAAUGAGCAUACACAACGGGGUGAUUGCUGUCUUCCAGCGCAAGGGCCUUCCCGACCAGGAGCUCUUCACCCUCAACGAGGGCGUCCGGCAGCUGCUGAAGACAGAGCUGGGAUCCUUCUUCACAGAGUGCCUGCAGAACCAGCUGCUGACGAAAGGCAUGGUGAUCCUUCGAGACAAGAUCCGCUUCUAUGAGGGGCAGAAGCUGCUGGACUCUCUCGCAGAGACCUGGGACUUCUUCUUCGGUGACGUGCUGCCCACCCUGCAGGCCAUCUUCUACCCCGUGCAGGGCAAGGAGCCAUCGGUGCGCCAGCUGGCCCUGCUGCACUUCCGGAACACCAUCACCCUCAGUGUGAAGCUGGAGGAUGCGCUGGCCCGCGCCCACGCCCGCGUGCCCCCCGCCAUUGCUCAGAUGCUGCUGGUGCUGCAGGGUGUGCAUGAGUCCAGGGGAGUGACUGAAGACUAUCUGCGCCUGGAGACGCUGGUCCAGAAGGUGGUGUCACCGUACCUGGGCACCUACGGCCUCUGCUCCAGUGAGGGCUCCUUCACCCACUCCUGCAUCCUUGAAAAGCGCCUCCUGCGCCGCUCUCGCUCUGGGGACGUCCUGGCCAAGAACCCAGUGGUGCGCUCCAAAAGCUACAACACGCCCCUGCUCAACCCUGUGGCCGAGCACGAGGCAGAGGGCUCAGCAGCCGGUGGCGCGAGCAUCCGCAGGCACUCCGUCUCCGAGAUGACGUCCUGCCCCGAUCCCCAGGGCUUCACAGACACACCUGGCCAGGGCCCUGCGGGAGCCUUCAGGUCCUCCCCAACACCGCACUCGGGGCCCUGCCCUGGCAGACUGUAUCCCCCUGCCCAGUCCCCGGAACAGGGCCCAGCUCAUGGUUCCCCACCCACCUCCAGCCCCGAGACGCUGGUGGACCAGAUCCUAGAGUCUGUGGACUCCGACUCCGAAGGCCUCUUCAUUGACUUUGGCAGGGGUGGCCGCUCUGGUGUGUCCGAUUUUGAGGAGACUGGGGGCCGGCAGAGCGUUGUGUGAGGGCUUGAAGUCAGCCUCAUGUUUUUACUGACCCUUCUCCCUCUCCUGUGUGUGUGUGUGUGUGCGUGCGUGUGUGCGUGUGUGACUUUUUUACUCUGUCUUGUCCUUGCCAUUCCCUUUGUCACUGCCUUGGUCACUUUACAUCACCUAGCCUGGUGGAAGAUCCACACCCACCUCCUCAGCCCAGCCCAGGUCUGCCUGAGGGCCCUGCUGGUGCCACCCAAGUAUGAAGUCAGCCUCUGAGAGUGGGGAGUGCCAUCCCCCUCAUGCCUGCCUGGCUCUCAGCGGCCACACCCACCCAGGAAUAUGUGAAACUGGUGCGUUCUGCCCACACCAGCCCAGCUCGGCGUCCAGUGACAUAACUCAAGCCACGGCUAGACCUGGAAGGCCGCCCCUCCUCCCUCCUCCUGGGGGUGGAAAGACAGCAGGAAGGCACAGAAUAAAGCUAAGGCUUCCAGGCCG